AGAUAACAGUUGUCAACAGUAUCAGGGAAUAACAAAAUUAAUUUGUUAAACAUUUUAAUCACAAUUAAGGUGCAGGCCAAUAAUUCAACCUCGUCAGUCAGUCGACGAGGUGUACAAGAUGAGGAGCGUCUUGGUCUCACUGAUCUCACUGGUGUUGGUGGCUGACGCCGCCAAGAUCCUGGGCGUCAUCCCCACACCAUCGUACAGCCACCAGAUAGCCUUCAGAAGUCUCUGGUCUGAACUGUCCUUAAGAGGCCACGAAGUCACUGUGAUCACCACCCAUCCAGUCAACAACGGCACCUUGAAGAACCUCAAAGAAGUGGACAUCAGCUUCGUCAAGAAGUACUUGGAAGAACGCUACGAGGGGGACAAAGUACUGGAGGCCCUGAACAACGGCGUCAUGGCCACGUUGAAAUUCAUCGAAGACAUGCUCAUCGACACGUCCAACCAUGUGUUGGACCACAAGGGGGUGCGGGAGAUCAUGAAGCAGAAGAACGGCACCUACGACGUCGUCUUGGUUGAGAGCCUGUUCCCUGAGAUGAACGCCUUUGGAGACCUCUUCGGUUGUCCGGUCAUUGGAGUCAUAUCUUUGGACGCUCCAGCAAAUUUGUAUGGGUCUUUGGGCAACCCAACUCACCCAGCAGUGUACCCGGACGUGGUGCUCCCCUUCAGCGCCCCGCUGACCUUCUCGGAAAGAGUCGUGAGCACGAUCUACAACCCCCUGAGGGAGGUGCACCGAAAGUACAGCUUUAACCCUCGCAAAGAGGAGGUUUUGAGACGCCACUUCCCUACUGUGUCCAAGUCUUAUAAUGAAGUUUACGGGAACAUGGAGAUGGUGUUUGUGAAUUCACACCCUGUAUUACAGGGGGUUAGGCCGUUGGGCCCGUCGAUUGUCACCAUUGGAGGCACCACUAACAUUGAAACCCCUAAACCUUUACCUAAGGACCUGAAACAAUUCAUGGAUGAGGCCAAAGAAGGAGUCAUUUACUUCAGCCUAGGGAGCAACGUUAAGAGCAAAAACCUGAGCGACAAGCUGAGACGAACCUUAAUAUCUACUUUGGGUAAACUAUCCUACAAUGUGCUUUGGAAGUUUGAAACAAACAUGACCGAUUUACCUCAAAACAUUAAGAUCAUUAGCUGGGCACCACAACAAGACAUACUAAGACACCCCAACGUGAAGCUGUUCAUCACGCAAGGAGGUCUGCAGUCACUACAAGAGGCAAUCAUGUACGAAGUACCCUUGGUAGUAUUCCCCUUCUUCGGUGAUCAAGCCCACAAUGCCAGAAUAGUCGAAAACAGAGGCUUGGGCAAAAGACUGGUGCACUCGACUUUGGAGGCUCAGGAGUUCGAGAGAGCUGUGGUUGAAGUAAUCACUAACAAAAAGUACAAAGACAACGUGAUAAGAAUGAAAACGUUGAUACUCGACGAACCGAUGAGUGGAGUGGAAAAAGCUGUUUGGUGGACCGAAUAUGUGAUCAGGCAUAAAGGGGCCAAACAUUUUAGGGACCCAAUACUUGACCUCUCCCUCCUUGAAUAUUAUCAGAUUGAUGUUUAUGCUUUUCUGACUGUCGUUACCAUUUUCGUCUUGUUUACUUUUUACUAUGUUUUCAACGUUGUUUGUCGCCUCCUUAAUAAGUUAUUAAACAGAAAUAAAAAGCUGAAAGAAUUGUAAACAAGUGUAAAUAAAUUAUAUGAUCAAAA